UUUGAAAAUCGCAUUUUCUAUGCAAGCGCCUGUGAAUUCGAUAAGGUGCGUUUCUACUCAAUGUAUCGUUCAGUAAGCGGGUUGUGUUUUAUUACAAUCGCAUGAUCAAUUAGCCUUCGAAAUCGGGGUCGUCCUCGGGGUAAACUUACAGUUACCAUUGGAAACCACAUAAACAUUUCCCUCUGUGUAUUGUAAAACAAAUAUCGGCUUUCAAGCUUCAAGGUGAUAUAGACAAUUGGGAUGAAGUGUUUACAGAUAAAGAGUUUUAAUGACCAAAUGAAUACCUAAACAGUAAGUAAACAGAGACAGUCAAGAAUUAUAUAUAGAUAAACAUUAAAUUUUAUCUGUACCCUCUAAAUAUUAACAUUUUACUUCAAAUAUUGUCGCUAUUUUCUAAGUCUUAUCAAUUUACACUAAAUAUUGAAAAUCAUGAGAAAAUACCGACAACAAAGCGGAGCAGGAUUUCUACUUCUACUGAAAAUGCACAGGGAUACUAAAACCAGAUGUUUUGGAAGCGUAAGCCUUUUCUGCUAGAUUGACGACAACCGAAAAAUUGGCCAAUCCAGGUAAAGUGUACCAUCAACACGAGAACUACAUAUUGUAGAUUGGAGAACGGAAUCGCCCGGUUUAUCAAAAAUUAUCAAACAUGUCUGAAUUGAUAUCGCACACGAAAACAGAACGUUCCAAAUGAAAAAAAAGUAUUUUACAUAAAAUAUAAAUUAAAUGCUUGACUGAAAAUAUUGUGUGAUAGAAGAAACAGUAAGAUAUAGUGAUUUAUAUUCUGAGAGGGACAUUUUAUCAGAGCUCUCACACAGGGAAUGAAUAUGUCGGAAGGGAAAAUGCCCAGCUCCCAGUUCAAUACUUGUCAAAUACACUGUAUUGUUUUAAUGUAACGGUGGUAUCUAUUACAUUGUCAUAUCGGGCCUUAUACUUGGAUCCGAUUAAAGUCCGAAAUGGAAUUUCAGAAUCAAAGAUGAUGAUUCUCUAAACAAAGCAACUUUGACUUUGGUAAUUUGAAAAUAAGAACAAAAUCCUGAUGCUAUCAUUCCAUUAUAAUUAUCAUUGUUUAAUCAAAAUUGACAUGCUGCGCCGACGCAGGGCUUAGGUUCAUCAUAUAUAUCAUUUUGUCACUUUUGUCUGGUUUCUGCUGUUGGGAGAUACAUUAAUGAUAAAAUGAACCCAACGGGCCAUCAAGCGUAAGCAACUGUUCUGAAAUUUAGAGAAGAAUAAAGAAAAAAAUACUUAACUUCGGUGCCCCUGACAAGUGAUUUUUUUUUGUUUAGCAAAAGUUGUUGGUAGUCACACAACGAACUUUAGAAGACGUCAAUAUAUCGUGUCUUUGGUAAUAUGUCCGAUUAUCUAUUCGUGGAUUUAAGGUUAAGUUUUGAACUUUUGUCUUUAGUGUUAUACACGGGAUGGUAGAUAAGAUAUAUAGCAUUCCAUUGUAGAGAGUCGAAUAGUCAGGUAACGUGACAAUGUUGUGGUGGUCACCUUACGUCUUCCUGGUCCUGUGUCCACUGAUUUCGCCCGGGACAGUCAAUGGAGGAUACUUAGAGUCUGGGGCAGAUAUGAAUGAAAGCAGGAUAGUGGCCCUUAUCGAGAGGCUCGACAGACAGGAGGGCAGAAUGCAGAGUCUGGAAAUAAUGGUAGCGAAACAUACAAAAGCUCUUGCAGAGAAAGACAAGAAAAUAGAGGAACUUGAACAAGAGAUUACGGACGUCAAAUCAAGAUUCGUACCGAUUCAGAAAAUGUUUCACACUCAUGCUAAGUAUAAUGGAGAACCUCAAGGUGUUGAGUCAAAAACCUAUCGGAAGACACAAGGUAAACUUGUCUUAGGCGAGACCGGACAAGACACGGACGAUCACAACAAUAGCAGGCAUGAUAUCCCCGCACAGAGUGAAAUCAUCAGCAUUGCAGAUCGUCUCAAUGAACCUGAUGUUCAGGAUAAUAAAGUCCAUUUUGAAGGAUUGAAUGCAUAUAAUGUAAGCAAGUCAAGGAACACACAGAGGUCAGGACACGCUGGGAGUAGGCACACCUCAACAGUAAAACAAAGAAAAAAGCGAGUUGACAGUUCCCUGACGGAUGGCUUUGCCUUCAGCGUGUCAUUGAGUUCAAAUACAAACGUUGUUCCUCAAGGAAUAAUCAAGUAUGAUGACGUAAUGAUUGACACCGGAAAUGGAUAUAACCAUGGUAACGGUAUCUAUGAAGUCCCAGCUAGUGGAGUUUAUGUGUUUACUUGGUCUAUAAGGAGUGGUGCCAACAAUGGACUGAGUAUGAUCACUCAGUUGAUGAUAAACGGAGUGGUGAAAUCGACUACUGAUGCCGACAGUGAUGCACAUAACUGGGAAUCUGCCACAGGGAUUAUUGUGACGUCAGUAACGAAGGGCGAUCACGUGUACAUUCGCGGGUAUAACGCAGGACAGGUGAUCAGCCAGGACUUAAAUAAGUCAACUUUUUCUUGUUGGCGGCUUUUUUAGAAUUAUAACACCAGUUAGUACACCAUGUUUGUAAAGAAAACAUUGAUCCAUUAAAAACUGAUGCAAUAUCA